CCUUCUUGUGUCCCUCUCUCUCCCAGAACCCUUUGCUCGCUCGCUCGCUCUCUCCUUCCCUCGGCGUAGACCCUUUUCGGAAGUUGUUAGUAACUACUAUUUAUCAAAUCCCCGAAUCUCGCUUUUCUUUCCUCUUUUUUUUUUAAAAUAUUCCAGAUCUGCUCUCCGAUUUCUACAAACCCUAAGAUUAGAUUUAUCCGAUAAGAGUUUUGAAUUGAAUCGCGAAUUUUGUCAAUAUAUCUGAGACUGCCCUGCCCGCCCCUAGGUUUUGUGUUACAAGUAGGAAACCCCUAGACUAGACGUAUUAUUGCUGUACAGAUCUCUCCACUCCUCUCCCUAGGCAGAUUUAUCGUAGAUCGAUCGAUAGAAGAAGAAGAAAAGGUUGUGAUGAUGAACAACAACAACAACAACAACAACCGAGGAGGUGGAGGAGGAGGAAGGUAUCCUCCAGGGAUUGGCGCUGGCCGUGGUGCCAUCAACCCUAACCCUAAUUUCCAGUCCCGGCCUGCUUAUCAACAGCAGCCACAGUACGUUCAGCGAGGCGGCGGUUACUCCCAACAACAACAGUUUCAGCAAGCCACCUCACAGCCUCCUCGUCAAUACCAACAGCAACAGCAAUGGCUUCCUAGACCCCAGAUCUCUACCAACGGCGGCUCUGCUGUCGCACAAGUUGAAAAAUCCGAAGCUGUCGACACAAAUUCGGAAGACUGGAAAGCGAGGCUAAAACUACCUGCUCCUGAUACUCGCUUCAGAACUGAGGAUGUGACAGCCACUAAGGGAAACGAGUUUGAAGAUUAUUUUCUCAAAAGGGAGCUUCUUAUGGGUAUUUACGAAGGGUUUGAGAGACCUUCUCCUAUUCAGGAAGAGAGUAUCCCUAUUGCCUUAACCGGCAGAGAUAUCCUUGCCCGCGCCAAGAACGGCACUGGCAAGACUGCCGCCUUUUGUAUUCCUGUCUUGGAAAAAAUUGACCAAGAUAACAAUGUUAUUCAAGCUGUGAUAAUUGUUCCUACUAGAGAGUUAGCCCUUCAGACAUCCCAGGUGUGUAAGGAGCUGGGGAAGCAUUUGAAGAUUCAGGUCAUGGUCACCACUGGAGGCACCAGUCUCAAAGAUGAUAUCAUGCGUUUGUAUCAGCAUGUCCAUUUACUCGUUGGAACUCCUGGCAGAAUUUUGGAUCUCACCAAGAAAGGUGUUUGUGUUUUGAAGGAUUGUUCUGUGCUCGCUAUGGACGAGGCUGAUAAGCUUUUAUCUCAAGAGUUCCAACCUUCCGUGGAACAUUUGAUCAGCUUUCUUCCCGAAAAUCGCCAGAUUUUGAUGUUCUCAGCCACUUUUCCUGUCACUGUCAAGUAUUUCAAGGAUCGAUUUUUGACAAAUCCUUACAUCAUUAAUCUCAUGGAUGAACUUACGCUCAAGGGUAUUACCCAAUUCUAUGCUUUUGUUGAAGAACGUCAGAAAAUUCAUUGCUUGAAUACACUCUUCUCCAAGCUGCAAAUCAACCAAUCGAUCAUAUUCUGCAAUUCCGUUAACCGUGUGGAGCUCUUAGCUAAGAAAAUUACAGAACUUGGGUAUUCUUGUUUUUACAUUCAUGCAAAGAUGCUGCAGGACCAUCGUAACAGAGUGUUCCAUGACUUCCGCAAUGGUGCAUGCCGGAAUCUUGUGUGUACUGACCUGUUCACACGUGGGAUUGACAUUCAAGCAGUCAAUGUGGUGAUAAACUUUGAUUUCCCAAAGAAUGCAGAAACAUAUCUUCACAGGGUUGGUCGAUCAGGAAGGUUUGGCCAUCUUGGUUUAGCGGUGAAUCUUAUCACCUAUGAGGACCGCUUUAAUCUUUACCGAAUUGAGCAAGAGCUUGGUACGGAGAUCAAGCAAAUUCCUCCACAUAUUGAUCAGGCAAUUUAUUGCCAAUAAGUUUGAUGGCCUUGGUCUUCUUUUAGGUCUAUCAGUAAUAAGUGGUUUGUUGAUGCAAUGUGUGACUUGUCUAGCCGUGCAGGAUAAACCAGAACCCAAAAAGUCUUCACAUUCAUCCUCUUAUCUUACCUUCAAAAUGUUUUCUGUGCGUCUUUGGGUUUUCCUUCUUUCUAAAUAAUCAACUACAUAUAGACAAAAGGCCUGGGAGGUGUGAAAUUCCUGGUAGUAGUGGAAGUUGGGAGUCUUUUUUAUUUUAUUUUAACAAGUCGUUUGGUGCUAUGUUUCUGUCAUUGUCGUAGACUGGUCAGUGUUGUGAUACGUGUUCAAGAAGCGUGUGGUUUCUUGACUCUUUAAUGCUUUGUUUGCAGCUUUUCCAACUUCAAUAAUAAGUCUUUGAGACCCUAA